AUGGCUCCGUUCUCGAAGAGCGGCCUCCAGGUACUCGCUGGCGAGUACCUGGCUGGCCCUCUUCUGAAGUGGGACGAGAUGUCACUGUUCGACCAGCUGUUUGCCGCGGGCUCCGAGCCCGAAAUGUUUGUUGUGACCUGGGAGCUGACCGAGCUCCUAUGCAACAUGGUCAUCGUCGUGGGGCCCGGCUCCCCCCAAACCUACCUCCUCCGUGUCGUCCUCGCUCCCGAGUUUGCGUGGUUCGGCUUGCACUGGGCAGGGAUGCCACACCCUGCCCAGGUGUCCACCUACCUCUCCGACCUCCUCGACCUCCUCCACUCCCGUCCCCUGGCCGCAUCUGUGGCCCUCCACCAGAAUCUGGGGAUCGGCGGCGAGUGGAAAUCCCUCGUUCUCCGUCUGUGGGCUCACCUUGAGCCCUACAGCUCUUAUGUUCCCGCCGGCCGGCUGCAGCCUGCAGCUGGCAACGACAACGACAUCCUUCCACCAAUGGUGGAUGUCGAGUACCCUCCUUCGCCCGCUGAGGAGGAUGUGGAGGGUGUGCUGCCCAUGGAGCGCGUUGAGUUUGUGUCCGUCCCCGGUGUCUACGCUGACACCAUGAUCCGUGAUAUCUCUCCGGACAUGGAUGUCUGUGGGACGGUGCCUGCCAUCACCCCCCCUGCUGCGAUGACUGUGCCUCCUUCCCUCCCCUCGGCGAUGUCCACUCUCCCCGUCGUGCCUCCCUCUCUCCCCGCCGUGCUGCCCUCCCUUGCUGAGGCCGGCCCCUCAACCAAGUACCGCCAACGGUACUAG